ACCGCCAGUCGGGGGUGAAGAGUGGUCGAGCUCGAACGCUUCGGACGAGUGGUAGUGUUGGUGUUCGCUGAGUGCGCGGAGCUGCGUUCAGACAGCGACCGGGACUGUUCAGCUGGUGCCCCCACAGAUACCCGCGUGGGCAUUCGUCUGCCCCUGACCUGCUGCGUGGAAUACUGAGCAGGCGCUGAAGUAGGAGCGAGAGGCGGAGGCAGCGACGUGUCCCAACUUCCUCGGGUAGAUACUUAAGCUUCGGCCAGGGUGACUUUGAGAUCGAAGUUUUUAGUGUGAAGUGGACGCGAUGUGGAUAUCAGAGUGGUCGGUGAAACAGAGGGUUGGAUAAAGUUGAAUAAACGAUAUAGCUGUCACCUGUGCGAGUGAGUGUGACAGCGGCGGUGUAGGAGGUAGCGAGUGCCUGAGGUCAGCGCUGGUUCGCCCAGCCCGGAAUGACACAUCGUGAGACUACUUAACCUCCAGGGGAUCUCGCGCUCCGUGUGAAGGCCACGAAGGACCGCCGCAGAAGGGGACGUCGCUCUGGAAUUGCAAGGCGAAAGGAAGAGGUUUCUCAAAUCCUAACAGCGACGAGCCUUCAGCUGUUCGUCCCAAGAGACGGCGAGGAUGGACGUGUACAAGAUCGACCAGAGUCUUGGCUCUCUGGGCUCAGGCGUCGCCGAAGUUAAGGUCACGAAUCCCGAGGUGACCUUCGACACCAACACGGACUUCAACCUCUCCUUCUUCGACCCUUCGUCGUCGCCGCCGCCCGGAGUCAUCAAGAAGGAGGACUUCGACGACCGGAACUUCGACUCCGUGGCCCCGGACUCGCUCUUCUCGCCCUCGGCGGCGGACUACUCGCCCUUCACCACCGAGGAGUCCAAGUACACCUCCUUCUCCGACACCGCCCAGCCCUACGCCCAGGACUCCGCCAGCAGCCUCAGUCCGGCCUCCACGCCCACGCUCAGCUCCCCGCUGCCCUCGCCCUCCCCGGGCCUCCUGCAGGCGCACAACGCCGUCAGUCAGAUGAAGGCGCCGCUCGUCAUCAAGAAAGAGCAGAGCUACCAGGCAGCGGACAGCACGCCCACACCCACUACAGCUACGCCCACAAACAAGAACUUCGUACCUUGCAAAGUCUGCGGAGACAAAGCUUCAGGUUAUCAUUACGGAGUGACGUCAUGCGAGGGAUGCAAGGGUUUCUUCAGGCGCAGCAUCCAGAAACAGAUCGAGUACAGAUGUCUGCGGGACGGCAAGUGUUUGGUUAUUAGACUCAACCGAAAUAGAUGUCAGUACUGUCGAUUCAAGAAGUGUCUGGCCGUGGGCAUGUCGAGAGAUUCUGUGCGAUAUGGGCGUGUCCCCAAGAGGUCCCGCGAACGAGAGGGCGAUGGGCGUGGCGAAGGGUCGGAGAUGGUGGCCAGGGAGGUCGAGAACAAACAGCUGGCCAUCUAUGACAUUAUUCUGACCAUCUCGCAGGCACACCACGCCAACUGUGCCUACACGGAGGAGAAGACCAGAGCGCUCGCCAGGAAGCCUAUUAUUUUUAACACGUCUGAAGUGAGCAGCGACCCCGAGGCAGCCUCCUCCACGAUGGACACUCUUGAGCACCAGAAGAUCACUAUGUGGCAGAGCUUCGCUGUCUUCAUGACCCCUUCUAUACAGCGGGUGGUCGAAUUUGCCAAAAGAGUGCCAGGAUUCUCGGAGUUGUCACAAGAUGAUCAACUUAUUUUAAUCAAGGUCGGGUUCUUUGAGCUGUGGCUGACGCACAUCAGCCGGAUGAUCAGUUCCGUGGACAACACACUCACGUUUAGCGAUGGUUCUUACGUCACUCGCAGUCAGAUGGAAAUGAUGUUCGAUCAAGACUUUGUCACGACGAUAUUCAACUUCGCGAUGUCGUUCAACAACCUGAAUCUGAACGACACGGAACUCGCGCUGUUCACGGGCGUCGUGCUCCUGACGGCGGAGCGGCCGGGCAUCACCGACACCAAGGUCAUAGAGCAGCAGCAGGACCGGAUCAUCGAGGCCCUCCGGGUGCAGGUGGGCAGGAACCAUGCCAGCGAGACGCACCUGUUCCCCAACGUGGUGAUGAAGAUGCCUGAACUGCGGCAGAUCGGGGCCAAACACCAGGAACACUUGAACUGGUUCCGGUCCAGCUGGUCAAGGCUCAAACUUCCACCUCUCUUCGCUGAGAUCUUCGACAUACCCAAGUGUGAGGAGGACCUCUUAUGAGGAGUGUGGUGUAGGAAUAAUCUCGGCAAAGUAGUGUCAUAGCCAUUGCCCGGUGGACCAAGCGUGUGAUAGUGUCAUCCCCGAGUGCGUACGUGCGUGCGUGUGUGUAUGUGGGAUCCCCAGCCUCAUCACAGAUCCACGCCCGCCAUCAGCCACAUCCACUCAGAACCAAGCCCACACGGAACCCACGCCCACCUGGUCGCAGCCGCAAUAUUGGUAGUCCGUCGACAUCGUGUUAGGUAGUCUAAUCACGAUCAGGUCGUAGGCUUUACAUGCUGUCUGAAGAUCAUGAGCCGUCGCUUCCGAGUGAACGAAGAUGGGAGGAGCCAAUGCGACUGCGUGGAGACUUCCGACCUCCUCUGUGGGUGCAGAGGCAGGUUGCCUCCGGAGAUAUUCGACAGAUGUACAAAGCACCUCCAGGACGUGUCUUGGAGACUAGGAACGUCUCAGAGUUUCGUCUUCAGGAUCUGGAAGCUACCGAGAGUCCCGGGAUGAGUAGCGUAACAUCCUGUGCAUGGUGGUACCCGCCAGUGUUACUUUGGAAUGAGAGUGUUGGUAUGAAAAUAUAGCAAGUUUCCCACUGCCAUGUUGCUCCUCGGCCAGAAGCCAACGUGAUAGCGUUACCAAUAUUUAUUCUACUUUAUUGUGUUCUUGGUGGCGUCUAGCAUGUAUCUAGACACCAGGACAAGCGGGACAGUGUGGGCCACUGAUACAGCACUCUGACGUGCCUCUCACGCUAGAGCUAUACGUACACUGUCAAAAGAGACAAACAGUUGUAACGUUCUUGUCAGUACAAGUGUCACUUCGUAACACUCGAUGAACUCUUCUUCCUCACCAGAACAAGUUCAGCCAAAUUGUGUUGCAAGAAUGAGACAUAUCGAGUGUUUGUAUAGCAAAUUUUAAAGCGCAUUUGUCUGUGCUGUUGGUGACUGCAAAUCAGCGCCUCAGAGUGACUGUUUAUAAAUACUCAUGUCCCAGCAGCGUGCACCACCAAGAGCUUGUACUCGGUGUGUAGUGUCUGUAAUUAGUGAAAGAGCACAAUAGUGGACAAGUCUGCUGCAGUUUCUGCUACUUCUGCUGAUUAUUCUGCUGUUACCUCCAUCAUCCUUAGCCCUUCUCCCACUGCUACAUGACCAGUCACUCCUUCACUGCCCCUCUGCUGAAAAACAAAAUAAUGUCCUAAGAUUUCUUUCACAGGAAGCCUGCUUGAACUCAAGCACUAAGCACAAAGAUAAGUUUCCUCUUAAGAAUCCCUCAUAACAAAUAUAAAUGUGACCACCAUGCUCUGUGUUCUAUUCUCCAAAUUUCGAGGACUGACAGACUGAAGUCAAGUCAGCAACAGCACGACCAAGCAGGCCGACCUGACCACAUUGGUCAUAAUGUCGCAAUAGCAGGUAGAGAGCAGAGGCAGCACGGACACUGAAGCAACUGUUACGUAGGUGCACAGGUAGCAUCGGAUUCUGAACACCGACAUGAACCUUUGUAACAUUCAGAAGACUAAUGAUUGGCUCUUUGAGAUUUGUUACAAUUAAUCCCUCAGCGUAUUGUGUCCCUUCAUGAGUUUUUUUUUUCUUUUUUUGUAAAUUCAACAUAUGAGAACUGUCAAUUCAGAGCUAGUAUACACAGUCCGUAUGUGCCGGGACCUGCGUAUAACUGAACUAAUGUAUACCACAACCUGCAUAUACUGGAACCUGUGUCUGCCAGGUAUGUAUGUUACAAUUAUGUGUAUUGUGCCCUGCCAUACAGGACUGCAGUAUACUACACUGUAGCUAUUGUAUACCAGAGCCCGGGAAAUACUAGAACCUGUGUAUACCAGAGGCCAUGUAGUAAGGCAAGCUAGACCCAUUCAUGGAGGUUAAGUUGCUCAUGUUACUGAAGGUGAGACUUCGUUGCGAUAUGGCAUAUGUGUCCAGGAUUUAUUGUCUCGUCAAAGAAGGAAUCCUUCAUGUCAUUAGUUCAGAUCCAGUUUUGUGCAUAUGGACACUACAUUUGCCUGAAGAUGAUAGUGGUGGGUUAAACAGUGGUCAGCUGGUGAAUACUUGAGCCUUGACUCACGCACACAAUGAGACAUGGAUGUUGAGAAACUACUCAAGCAUUUGGGGAGGUUCGCAGGCCUCUGCCGGCGUCGACAGAACUGCGUCACAAACUCUGCGUGGCUUUCAGUGUUCUCAAAGACUGAUGAUCUUUCCGGUGCCUCAAAACGCCGCCACCGAUACCUUGAAGUGUACUUUGUUAGAGUACUUCCACUGGUUCUUUCAGUACUGUUACCUAGAUGAGCGCGUGGGUCUCUAAUGUAACCAUUCCCAGCCCAACAACACUACCCACAUAGAUUAUUUUGUUAAUGAAAAGGGUAAAAGGUUAAGGGUUUGACUGUGUUGUUGGAUAAAUAGUGUCCCUCUCUUGUUGAUAGUCUAAGCUAAGCCUAUCCCAUCCAAAUUUAUACUACUGUAUUGGAUAACGGAUGAGCAAACACUGGAAGAUCCUCAUUACAGGCAACGAGACAGAAGGCCGCAAAGUAAGCGAUGUUAGGCCACCACAGUCUGCCAUUAGGUCUCGUGUUUCACAAUGUUUCAUGUUCCAUCGCACGACUUUCAGCGUCCGAAUUUCAAGUUACUGCAGAUACACUCCUUAACAAAAGACUACUGCUUGCAGAGAGCUAUUAAAUCUAUUGGUGAAUCGGGUGCUAGCACACUGCGGUGACUUAAGACUUCCGGCUCAGGACUUUUAAAUGUCAAGGGUGAAGGAUUUUUGAGCCAUAUUCUCAAACUGUACUUGAGCUGCUCUCGGUGCCUUUAGCAGGAAUUUUUAGAAUGUAGUUUAGACAGCCUCCCCUCACCCCCAUGAAUAUUUGCACACUUGAUAUAUCCGUCACACAAUGGUGGUAUAUAGAGUGGUGAACAGUAUUCAACACCCAGUGUCAAUGAAGACCCAUAGAAGCAAGUUUCAAGACAGGCAAGCAUUCAUGGCAAACGGUCCGAGCUAAGUUGUUUAUAUAUAUAUAUAUAAUGCUGCGGAUUACCGAGUGAUUGAAUUAAGCUAAGUAACCACGCGACUUCACAACUCUAGUUCGCAAUGUGCCAGUGUGUUGCUAACCUGCUGCCUAGUUGUGGAAGCAGUAGGGAAAGGGACGCAGAUGUAAAGUGUAGCGUGUGUUGGCCGAGUACAGUUAGACAAUAGGGUUCUCUCCGGUGUACUGCCAGAAGAUGCAGUCUUCCCGUAAUACAUGGCCACAGAAAAACUUGAAGGGGUUCGCAGACUAAGUGUUCCCUUGUUGAACCUUAUAUUUUCUACAUUCAGUGAAUUAUGAUUUGACCAUGUUCAUAUUCUAUACCGGGUUCACUCUGAGACAUCUCACAAUGUUGAUCAUUGUUAAGGCGUGUUUGGAAAUUGCGGGUUAAUGCUGUAUAUAUUUUUAAUAAAGCAGACGCCAGUCAUUGUAAAACAAUUUCAGAGGAAGCAUAUCAUUAAGAGACAAAUGUGUGUGUCCAUUAUAUUCAGUUACGGUGUACGUAUCACGCAUCAAUGAAAAAUCCCCGCAUUUUUGUUUUCUUAUUUUAAAGAAUACAAGUCAAUGGGCAUUAAAUCUAUUAGACUGUGUGGCAUUAUGGAAAGGCAUUGUGAAACUUUUGUAAAAAAUAAAGUAUAUAUAUAUAAUAAUAAAUAGGGAUGCUGCAAUCUUCUGUCUAAGAAGUAGCUCAAGUGGAAGAUGAAUGAUAUAUGAUUAGUUGUUAAUGUUGUUACCACCUGUAAAUAUAAAUCUGUUAGGUUCCCCCUUCAAACAUUCAACUUUCCUUCACAUUUUGUUUCUCUCCAAGACGACUCUCCUGUUCUUGUGGACUGAAAGAAGAUAGGAAGAGCUCGCACGUUAUCAUGAGUGGCGUAUAAAUCAUAGAAAUAAAUACCAAGCGCCCGCAUCAGUGUCGAGACGUGUCGGCGACCGCUACCUAUAUUCUGUAAUAUGAUUAGUUCUUGAGAAACAAGAUGCUUUACGAGACGGCAUGCGUUCCCCAACCACGGGAUAUUAGAAGGCUUCAAACUACAUUGUCGACAGAAUUAGACAGCUCCAAACUCCCAGUGGGACGUUGAAGGGUGUGUCUAAUAGGUCCUCAAAGAGUUAUAGAGAUUGUAGCUCGCCGACGAGAAGAUAAUUAGACUGCUUCCAAAUAACUGUUGGGAGAUUUAGCGAGCAUCUAACUUGCUGUCGGGAGAAAAUGGACAGCUGAGAUUCACUGUCGAAAGGUUUAGCCGGCUUCAAACUUAGACUCUAAUAAAAUGAUAGCCAUUAGAUGUUAGACUCGAAUAAGUUUGUAACGGUUUCUAUCCUUGAUUUAAUCAGGAGAAUAUGUAACUUGAAAAAAAAAAAAUAAAAAUACUUUGACCUCACCUGUGUAUCAAGUCUAACGAGAAGCUACGUAAGUGAACGCGGCCAUGUUUAUAAUAGUUAGGGCUCAACAACUGUAUCUCUCACUGAAAUUAUUAUGUUCUUUUAUAAUUUCGGAGCCUUUGUAACCUUGUAGGCAAUGUGAAGACCUAAGUUAUAUUUUAAUAAAUAGAUAUAAUCA